ACUAAAGCACACCGUUUCCUCGAUUUCAAGAGCAGUUAAAGAAAAUAUGUUUAAGUAUGAGAUGCAAGUAAUCGUUUAUGUGGUGAGCUUUCUGCCACUGUUUUUCGCGUGGGAAUAUCCUGGCUAUCCCGGGGUGGAUUGUCCGGCGGCUAGGCUGAAGAUGCAAGAAGAUCCAGAUAACAGGUGGAUGCUUCCGCGUUGCCAACCGGAUGGAACGUUUGCAGACCUGCAGUGCCACGAAGAACGGCCGUCCGCGUGCAUGUGUGUGGCUCCGGACGGAUCUCCCCUGACACUUCCCGGCUUCGGUCUUCCGGUUAAAAGCUGCGAUUGCUUCUUGGCUCAGUAUAAUAUCCAUGAAUACAAUCCGCAGGCCGAAAUGCCCAAAUGUCGAGGGGAUGGCUUUUUUGAGCCACUUCAAUGCAGCCGUGCCACUGGGAAAUGCUGGUGCGUCACUCUAAAAGGAGAUCCACUAGGACUGCCUUCAGAACAUACCCUUUCAUGUGAUGAACUCUGAAGAACA